AUGGAAAGUCUCUUCUUCUAUUACCUUUAAUUAUUUAUACCUAUAACCUAAACUGCCUAAGAUCGGACGUCAAAACACAUUUCUAAAUGAAUGUGGGCAUGCAACAUUGCCGAUCGGAAAGGGUUCGUUUCAUUUUUAUUGCCAACAAUAGGUAAAGAUUUCAGGUAAACGCCCAAUUCAGAUGUGUCAUUCAUUGGUCUGUGUUUUAAUGGGUAAUAUGACCUUUCGGCAAUAGAUCGAGUUGACCUCUGGCUGUAACCCCAAGGUGGCAAAUUCAUGCUUGGUACAUGAAUGCCCGGAUGUAAUUUAAUACCCGUGGCGGGCACACAAUCUGAUAUCUAUCUUAAUGUUAAAUCUUCUUAUGUAUAAAGAAUCACGGUGGACACUCCUGUAGGUAUAGCGUAUCUGUACACAGGUGUAUAGAGUGAAGUUGUACAAGUGAUUGUCGAUGUACAUGUGUUUAGACGUCGUUAAUUGGCCCAAUAGAAGUGAAAGUCAGGUAGCGCUUUGGGAGUAGCAGACAGACGUACACCACACAGAAGAUGAGUGCACUAAGAAGGCUGUUUGAUCGCGGCGGGCAACUAUUUUCGACUGCAGCUCAAAGGCAUGUUGGAUGGAGCUAUGCACACGGUUAAAACACAGGUGUAAUCAUGUGAGAACACCUGACUUCACGGCUCAAGGAAAGUCUUACCGAAACAGCAUGUAUAAAACAACAUAAGAUGUUCUUAUGAUGUAAAGUCACCAUACGCGAUUGACUGAUUCCGAUUCCAGUAAUGCGUAGCUUAACGAAGGGAAGACCAUACCACAGAAGGCUGUAGCAGAUCAGAUAUUUGUACAUCAAGAUGGUGAACCCUUUACUCACAAUAAGUAUCAUCACCAUGUACCUGGAGACGCUGCUUAUAUCCUACCUAACCACCGAGCUGCACGACCAUAUGGCCUUCUUCAUCACCUACAUCGUCAUCAUCCUGCUCUCCUUCGUCCUCACCAACACGUCUUCAGCCAUGAUGGUCAGAACGUCGAUGGACUUCUCGGACAAGUCCUUCGGGAAGCUGCUGUGCUUUGUUCUACACCUGUGUCAGUUUGGCCUCGCAUGGAGGUUUGGGAAGCUGAUCUUUCUGUAUGACAAAAGAGACUGGUUGGAAAUGACGAGUCUAAGACUGACUCACGUCGCCAUUCAAACCCUGCCUUUCCUAGCGCUUCACGGAUGCUUAACUUUUUCUACUAUGACUAUUAAAGCCGUGCCCGUCUUAACACUGUCCGUAGCUCUACUAUCGGCUUCUAUCAGCCUGACCAUGUUCUGUGUCCGCGAACAGCUCCAUUCCUGUUCCUGGAACGAUGACACUGGCGUGCCCACUGGCAACGCCAAGAGAUACUGUGGAAUAUUCCUGCUGCUAUUGGGAACGACUCUUGCUCUCACUGCCAGAUUCGCGUGUAUUGUCCUAAUGAAUCUCGCAGCGCCAUACUUUGUGUUGAUACUCCUUGCCCUCCACAUGGUGUUCUUGAUAUUUGGGUAUAUGAGCUGCAAGGCUGUGAAAAGCGAGUCCUUGGUCCUCAAAGAUGUUCUCAUGAGGAUUGGAUUAUCCUUCCUGAAUAUUUUUGACCUCGUAGAGAAGGAUAUAUAUAAAGUGCAAUGUAAGUAUGUGUCUUUUUAUACUGUCAUCCUGGUUGAAAACAUUACCAUGGUGGCAGUGUGGCUCUUGAAAGCAGAAGCGGAUUAUGAUUAUAUCACCAAACUUAUAGUCAUUGUCACGGUUCUAGCACUCUACAUCUGUGCGCUGAUUUUGAAAUUCAUGAGCUGUGGGUUCAUCAUUCCGCCGUCAAAUGUACAGCUGAUCCAAUCGGAAACGCCAGACCAGGCCACCAUCCUAGAAAGCAACAAUAUCAUCAAAGGCAUACCUGCAAUACCAUCCAUCAGUUCCAAUAUUGAUAACCAUCACGACACCUCUGAUGGGAAAACUCAAACGACGCAACAUGGCCUCCCUGCAAGGGGAAAGGACCAGUCAAGUCGAUCGUCUCCAAGGUUGCCGUUUCCAGGUGAAGGUGUAGCAGAAAGGAUACCAUUUCGUGAAGGCGAAACUCGAAGUGGUGAAGCAUCCAUGUGUUGUGGACGUGUUUCUGGGCGGACAGUAUCCGUGGAUCCCAGGCCUAGUGACACUCCUACUGAUUAUGGAACGUACAGAACGGGAACACAAGAGUCUUGUUCUAUCGAUGACCCAACUCGUGUGUCUAAAUAUGCGUCGCAAGCGCCUGCUGCUCUUAAUGUGGAGAGUCAGCCAAGAUUACCAAGGAAAGGACAUAAAUUCAUUUUGGGGAAGUCUGGAACGAAUGGAAGGGCCAGAAAUAGAAGUGAAGUCAGUCUGGAUAUCUGUUCCUCUAAUAGUCGGAACACGAACACAGUCGGAACUAGUUUAGUUGGAACUAGUGAGACAUCAGGAGUUAUUGCUUCUCGUGGUGAUAUUUCAAAUGAUAAUAGAUGUGUAGUGCAGCGUAGAACUAACAAAAGCUCAAUGUGGCAGAAGUUACAACUACGUUUACCUUCCAUGUCACAUUUUCUAGUCACGUCCGGGAAGCAGUCUGGUGUUAAAGAACCCGAGGCAUCUCGGGAGAUUAAGGUGAUCAGUCCCGAGGAAUUCAAAUGGAAUGACAACGAUACUAUGACAGCAAGUACGAAUACGUUCAGACACGCUCAUCAAAAGCUUUCCGGUAGGACAUCAUCGCAGUCGCUGACUGGGGGAACGAACUUCACAGCCGUGUGUGUAGGCUCGUCUCGAACCAAGGUCAAGGACACAAAGCAAGUUCGACAACUCACGAAAGAAGACUGUGUUAAAAUGUGGUUAGCAAACGUUGAGUAUACCCAGCCGAUGCCGAGCUGUCAGUGUAGCAGCGAAUCUCACUCCUCUGACUGCACUUAUGUACUGCCACCAGACACCCGAUCAAAAGACGUACCAAAUUUUGAAGACUUCUUAGCUGAGGUUCCGCCUCAUCCGGAAAUGACGUCAUGUCGACCUUCUAGAAACAGACACAAGUCUGAAUCCUGUGUCCGUGAGAACUCAGAGUUACAGCUCAACUGCCAAACAAGAUUUAAGCCAAUCAAACAUAAACGAUCCUUCUCAGAAACGUGCUCAGAUUCAUCUGCCAUGUUUGAACUGCAGCCAAUAUGGCUGACAUCUCACCAGAGUGGAACUCAGUUGCAGUCGGACAAUGAACCUGUCGUCCCUUUCAUUGUGAAACUUGGUGCUAUGGAAUCGUUAGUGUGAACAUCGUCGUACUUGACAUCUGGUCAAAUUCAUUAUAAAUGAACUGUCGUUUGACCGGCUUAUAAUUGGUCUUCAGCAACCGUUGCUUGUCGUAAAAGGCGACUAACUUGAUGCAUGCUACCGUAUCAAAAUCGAUGCUCAUGCUGUCAAUCACUGGAUCGUCAGGUCCAGAUUACUUCAGACAACAAAAAACAAAAACGUUUGUUGAUGACGUCGUUAUUAUACAAGGGAUAUACAAACAAAUACGAGGACAAAUCGUCACCAGAUAAACUUAAACACACUCCACAGUUUCUUCAGGUCAUCAUUUAUAUAAAACCCAGCACAACUAAUCAUUCUGUGUUAGGUCAUAUAGAUUUGUUGGUUGGUUGGUUAACGCCACAUGUACACUCAGUAAUAUUCCAGCUGUAUCACAGCGGUCUGUAAAUAAUCGAGUCCGGACAGGACAAUCCAAUGAUUGACAUCAUGAGCAUCGGUCUA